AGUGGUAGGAGGGGAGGAGGAAGAAUCGGAGUGGGGGGCGGGGCUGGUCCCAGAAGAUGGCGGAGGCGGGGGAUUUCUGGUUGGUCCUAUUUUAGGACCAGAUGAGGUACUAUUGAAGCAUUAAUCUGCUUGUAUUUGCAGAAAGUUGUUGAGUUUUCAGCUGGGAACCUAUAUUUUCUGCCAGUUUACUGAACUUAUGAAACCAUGGUGGAAGGAGAGACAGAGUUACCUGGGCCCAAAAAGUGUGGCCCAUAUAUUUCAUCUGUCACUAGCCGGAGUGUGAACUUGAUGAUUCGAGGAGUAGUGCUGUUCUUGAUUGGAGUAUUUCUUGCAUUAGUAUUAAAUUUACUUCAGAUUCAGAGAAAUGUGACCCUCUUUCCACCUGAUGUCAUUGCAAGCAUCUUUUCUUCAGCAUGGUGGGUACCACCGUGCUGUGGCACAGCUUCAGCUGUGAUUGGGUUAUUAUACCCCUGCAUUGACAGGCAUCUUGGAGAGCCACAUAAAUUUAAAAGGGAGUGGUCCAGUGUAAUGCGAUGUGUAGCUGUCUUUGUUGGUAUAAAUCAUGCCAGUGCUAAAGUGGAUUUUGAUAACAACAUACAGUUGUCUCUCACACUGGCUGCACUCUCCAUUGGACUGUGGUGGACAUUUGAUAGAUCUAGAAGUGGUUUUGGCCUUGGAGUAGGAAUUGCUUUCUUGGCAACCUUGGUCACUCAACUGCUAGUCUAUAAUGGUGUUUAUCAAUAUACAUCUCCAGAUUUUCUCUAUGUGCGUUCUUGGUUACCCUGUAUUUUUUUUGCUGGAGGCAUAACAAUGGGGAACAUUGGUCGACAACUAGCACUGUAUGAAUGUAAAGUCAUCGCAGAAAAAUCUCAUCAGGAAUGAAGAAUGCAAAACUGUAUCUUUUUACAGAAAACAAGAUGAACAGGGCAUGUAAAUGAUACAUAUACCAACAAACUUUGGACUAUUGUUUUCCCUCUAUUGGUAUAUAUAUAUCAAUAAUAUUCCAGAAUUAUAUAUAUUACUGCAAUCUGUGAUUGCUUCAUCUGUAAAUCAGUUAUAAACCUUCAUGUAUUUGAAUU